UGCGUUCAGUUAGGACGGAGCUCCGUGCGCGCGGCGUGGCGGAGGCGCAUGAUGAAACGUCAUUUAGAGAGAUUAUGUAAUUUUUCUCUUGGUCAAGACCUCGUGGGUGAUGGAGCCAGAAAUCACCAUUUGGAAUGUCAGCUCUUAAACACCGUCUUGGAACACUGCGUGGGGAAUCAUACUUGUUGACAUUCAUAGAUUUGUGGUCCUACUGUGAGCAAACAAUCUGAAGAUUUAUAGCAUGCAGAUGUGCUGAGGCCCAACUUUGUUGGAUCCGAGGGUCUUCUGUGCCAUCUGGCUCUUCCAUUGCGUCAUGUCCGUUACACUCCUCCCACCUGCUGGCGUGUUGGCUCCGACAGCAGUUCAGCUACCGUGGCCUGUGUUUCCUCUUCAACCCCACAGAGAGGUCAACCUGAAUCAACAUGUCUGGGACUGAAGAAGCAAUUCUUAGCGGCCGUGACAGCCAUCCUGCUGGUGGCAGCUCUGUAUUAUGCUUUGGUCAGUACCAAUACACAGCAGAAGAGUACCAGGCCAUCCAGAAUGCUCUGAGGCAGAGGCUGGGCCCAGAAUACAUAAGUAGCCGCAUGGCUGGAGGAGGCCAGAAGGUGUGUUACAUCGAGGGUCACAGGGUAAUUAAUCUGGCCAAUGAGAUGUUUGGCUACAAUGGCUGGGCACACUCUAUCACACAACAGAACGUGGAUUUUGUUGACUUUAACAAUGGCAAGUUCUCCGUGGGCGUCUGUGCGUUUGUGAGAGUCCAGCUGAAGGUGAGGGUGAUGGAGGGGACGUGCUGCCUGCAGGCACUGGGCAGGUGGGAGAGUGAGCAGGAUGGUUCGUAUCAUGAGGACGUGGGCUAUGGUGUUAGCGAGGGCCUCAAGUCCAAAGCCUUGUCUUUGGAGAAGGCGAGGAAGGAGGCAGUGACCGACGGGCUGAAGCGAGCACUGAGAAGUUUCGGGAAUGCACUUGGGAAUUGUAUUCUGGACAAAGACUAUCUGAGGUCACUAAACAAGCUUCCACACCAGCUGCCUCUUGAAGUGGACUUAACUAAAGCAAAGAGACAAGACUUUGAACCAUCUGUGGAACAAGCCAGAUAUAGCAGCUGCCGACAGAACCUGGCUCUGGGACCCCCCAAACCACAGGAGGUGACGUCCCCUUGCAGACCAAGCCACCACGUUGUGAUGCCGGGGACGAGGACAGCAGCUCCGAGUGUGGGCCGCGUGCCCUCCCCGCCCCUGCUCCUUCCCAGAAGCCCGACCUCUGCUGCCACAGAGAGCGAUGCCACGUACCAGCGGAAGCUCCGGCAGAGACAGCUGCAGCAGCGGUUCCGGGAGCAGAUGGAGAAACAGCAGCAGGAACCCCCGUCUGGCCCACCUGCCGAGAAGCAGGGUCCUGCAGCGCUGCCACCAGUGCCACCUGCCGGAACUGCUGCUUCAGAGCCGCUCACCCAGAUAGACGUGCUUCCAGCACCUCGUUUGUUGAUGCUGCAUUUGAUUGUGACCUCUGUCCUUGCAGACAGUCUUGAAAUGUGGGACAUGGCUCUAGAUGCAGGGGACGAUGUGGUCAAGCCCUUGUCUAAACCAGAACCACCACAGGCCCCUGCCACCUCUGUCCUGAAGAACGAGAUGGAGACCUGGAACAGGACCCCACAGAGCCUUUGCCACCAGAAUCCACAGGCAAAAUCUGGACCCUGGCACCUUCAAACUUACCACCUUAACCAACACAUAACAGGAGACUGUGAUUCACAUGGGAAGAACCAGGACACGAAGAAAAGGAAAUUGGAUCCAUCUUGACCAAGGCUCAGGUCACCUCACUGGAUUCUGUCACAAAGGGACUUUCAAAAACUGCUUCUUGGUCAUGAAAUGACUCAUCAUUCCUAGGGAAUGAGCUUUACCUCCAGGGAUUUACCUUGCUUCAUGCUCAACUUCGCCAGAGGAUUUCACUAUUGGAACGAACCUGACGCAGAUCAAGCUGGGCAGGUUGGGAAGCCCUGCGGAGAUUAAACAAACAAACAAACACCUUUUCUUUGGCUCUUCACUAUUUAUUCCUAAGCUUUUAUGUUAAUAAAGGUAGAAAUUCUAGGAAUCACAGCGGCCACCUUCCCCGUGCACCAGCCUCGACAGCGGCCUGCGGUAUCUCACUCUGUGUGACCUCUGACCCCUUUCGCUGCCACUCAUCUACAACAAUCUGUCAUUUAUAGGCUCAUUGUGAAACUACCUCCAUUUUUUCCUAAUAAGGAAAUAAAAUCUAAGACCAAAGAAAAGGCAUUUUAAGAAAGCAAAAUAAAAUCCUACUUUGUAACAAA